UUUAAAAGAAAAACGAAAUUAGCUUUUGUUAACACACGUGCAGCCCCCACACCAAAGACCAAACACCCAUUCUCUCACAUCUUCUGUCUCUGCCUGCAACCACACCAAGAAACCACCGUCCGCCGGCAGCCUCUAGUCGUCAGACUUCACGCGCGCCAGUUGGAGAGUCGGCGGAGACCGCGCCGUCCGUGGGUAGGUUCCGACUAUCUCCAUUUCUCUCUCUAACCCAGAUCUGUGUAGCCAGCCGCCGCCGCCAUCGCCAUUGUUCUAGUUUUGGCUAAGACUUAGGAUGUUUUCUCGGCUUAAGCUUAAUCCACCACUGGAUGGAUGCUUAAUACUUGUCACCCAUGGUGUUUAGUUUUAGAUCUGAGUUUUGGACAACCGUGCAAGAGCGUUUAGACCGUUCUGGUAAGUAGUAAGGCUUUGAGAUGGCUGGAUUCAUUGUAGUUUUCAGGAGUUCUGGGUUUUGAUCUUAGGUUUUGAAUAUUUGUAGGAUCGAAUUUACUGCUCGGGGAUUUUGAAUUAGCGUUGGUCUUAGUCACACCUGGAGACCUUUAAACACGAGUUUUAUACUGUUGUUUAAGCCAAUAGUUUGGAAUUUAAGCUGGUAUUUGGUGUGUGAUAGAGGUUAAUCCAGGAUUCUUGCUCUACAUCAGAAGGGAUAUUAUUUUCUUGUUACUGGGCUUUUAACAUUGAGGUAAGUGGGCUCACUUCUGAAAGGAAGCUAGGUUGGGAUCUGUGUGCUGAUAGGAUAAACUUUGUGUGAAUUUUAAUAUGAUAUCUGGUUGAUGUAUGUUAGAUGUGUACGUAUGAUGAAAUGAUCGAUGUUACAAAGGCUCCGGCAUCAUGAAGACUCCUUCAAGUUUAAGGUUGAUGUUUUCUUUAUGUUUUGUGGGCAGUUGAUCGAAUUCAUAUGUUGUUGAUGGAUGGUAGAAGAUGGUGGCUUGGUUGUUUAGCAGGCUUAAACUCUUUGGUUUCUCAUGUAAAAACCAGACAGGCUUGAGUUUAAAUUACCUGCAAGGUCGUUGUCUAGUAAACAUAAAACUAAAAUGGGUGAAAGAUAAAGACUUAGAUACUGUAGUGAGUGCUGAGAAAGACCUUAAGGCUGUUUGCUUUCUUGUGUCUAUAAUCUCUUUAAGUCCUGAAAAUUGCUUACCGGUCUACCAUCUGCGCUGCCAUCGUCGGCAGCUUGGUCUUCCAAAUGAUGUCAAGAUGUCUACCUUCAUUAGGAGAUACCCUUCCAUCUUUCACGAGUCACAUAUUCUCGAUAGUGCAGGCACUCGUGUGCCAUCAUUUUGCUUAACUCCAGAAGCUAGGGAACUUCACGAGGAGCAAAUCGUUGUCCUUCGUCAGUGUUGGACAGAUCUUCGAUCUAGGCUUUGCAGAUUGCUAAUGCUUACUAGUGGUUGCACACUUCCUCUACAGACAAUUGACCAGUUAAGAUGGGACAUGGGGCUGCCAUAUGAUUAUCAGAACUCUUUCGUUCCAUAUAACCAUGACUUAUUUUCGUUCAUCCGGCUCCAAGAUGAUCGCAUUGGGCUGAAACUUCUGUUGUGGGAUAAUGACCUUGCUGUUUCUGAACUGCAGAAGAAUGCUGCUUCCCAACAAAUGGAAGAAGAUAUAAGAAAUGGCUAUUUGGCCUUUCCAAUUGGAUUUACAAGGGGUUUUGGACUGAAUAGAAAAUGCAUGGAUUGGUUAAAAGAUUGGCAGAAGCUCCCUUACACUUCUCCAUAUUGUGAUGCCUCUCAUUUGGAUCCCCGUACUGAUGUAUCUGAAAAGAGGAUUGUCGGAGUCUUUCAUGAGCUUCUUCACCUUACCUUGCAAAAGAAAACUGAACGAAAGAACGUAAGCAACCUUCGAAAACCGUUCUCUUUGCCUCAGAAGUUCACAAAAGUGUUCGAGCGUCAUCCUGGUAUCUUUUACAUCUCUAAGAAGGAUGAUACGCAGACUGUAAUCCUUCGAGAAGCAUAUGAUGGUGAUAAGCUUCUACAGAAACAUCCUCUUGUUAGUAUCAGGGAAAGAUUUACAAGCAUGUUGAGGAAAGGCCAACUAGAUAGAAGCAGAGGUUUGUACAAAAAAGAUCCAUCUGGUCACUUUUAUCAUGAUGAAGUGAAUGAAACUCGAUAUAGUUCUGAAGAAGUGUCCGACCAUAACAUGCUUUCGGAAUAUGAUUCGGAAUCAGAUGGUCUGAUUGACAACAACUGCUAAAGAAGUUGCCAUAAUUUUACAGCCACCUAAGCAUUCUUUUGAAACUUUGAUGCACAGAUUAGCAGAAUAUGGGCAGAGCCAACCUUUAAGUUUGUAAGCAACCUGUCCAUCAACAUGGUUUUUUGUUUAUCUUAUAAAAUAGCAGUUAUGAGUAUUCUAUGAAAUUGCGUGACCCUUUCUUAUGCUUAUUUGGAAUUAUUUUCUUGUUUUUUCAAAUUUGGCUUGUUUUUUCUUUUCCCUUUUUUCUCCAAAUUCUCUGUAUGUAUUUGGAAUUGAAACGAGGAGCUUUGUUGAUAGUUUAUUGCUCGGAGGGUAUUUCAGUAAGUCUAUUUCCUGUUAGAGUCUAUAGAGUUGUUUUCUCUUCUGACUUUGUAAUGCCCAUCAAAGUAGGAUAAUUUUGGAGUUAAUUAUCUUACUUUUGUUUUAAUUAGAUUUAAUUUAUUGGACGCUAUUUUAAAUUCAUUUAAUGAGAAUUAUUUGAUUUUGUGAAAAUUUGGAAUUAAUUAAAUAUUUGUUGGAUAAAUAUUUAAUUAAUUAAAGGUUUUGGCUUGUGAUGUUUGUUGAGAAUUUGAUUAAAUUGUAUGUUAUGAGGUUUAGGUAAAGUUGUGAAUUUUUGGUGUUGUUGAAAUUGAAUUAAAUUAAAUAAUUAUAGAUAUUAUUUAAUUAAAUUGUAGAGUGAAAAUUUUGUUGGAGAUUUUCAUAAUUACAUGUGUAUGUGUAUAUAUAUAUAAUUAUUAUGGGAAAGGUAAAGAUAAGGAGUCUUACCGUAUAGAAUAGGGAUGAAAAAAACAACCUGAACCGCUGAAUUGACCAGAACCGAUUCGGGUCGGUUCGGUUCGGGUUGGACCGGUUUGUAACGACAGUAUUACAGAACCAAUUCGAUUCGGGUCGGGCCUAAAAUUAACCGAUUAGGUUAAAAAUAGGACCAUUUCUUUGUUCUUCAUUUCUUCACUCUUCGUUUCUUCGUCUGCUCACUCUACUCUGCUGCAUCAUUCGCCUUCACCUCUUCCAGUUCGUCAUUUCGUCUUCGUCCCUACCCCUGACUGUUCGUUGUUUCAUUUUUGCACUUCGCCAUUUCGUCGUCACUCGUCAGGUAGUAUUUUCACUAUUUUCCCAUCUCUUUGCUUUGUUGUCGGUGACUCUGUGGGUUUUUGUUGUUUAGAACACUUUCCUCGAAUAACUUCACUGAGUUUUGGUUGGAAGAAAUUUUGGUUUAAUUUUGUUGAUAGGUUUUGAUUUUGUUGAUACUGCCACCGAAAAAAUGCCCAUUAUGUAUUUGUUCAUUAGUUCAAAAGUAGGCUGAAAGGUAAUACAACACAUUAUUGCUUAACAUCUCUCUGUGUAUGCCAAAAGAGUCAUGAUUUUCAUUUUCAUUUGCAUUUUGUCAUACAGCACCUUGUCGAAGUAAUUUUCAUUUGCAUUUUUUGUCAUUUCUAUCAAAUAUUUGUCUGGCUAUUUUUAAAUGGUUGUCUUUCUGCAGUCAUAUUUCAAACCUAAAGGUUUCCACAGUAUUCUCAAUCUUGACCUCUAGGAAAUGUAUAUGCAUUAGCGACUUGAAACGAAGAAUGUCAUCACUAAUAUAUCACCAAUCCUCAUGGAAGUAUACCUUUCUUUUAUUUUUUUUUUUCUUGAAGUGAUUAUCUUCUAAGGUUGUUAGUAAUUUGUUAACAUUAUUUUAUUGCACAAAAAUUCCAAUGUAGUCUUUAGUGCAUUUAUACUACAAAGAUUCCAAUGUAGUCUUUAGUGUAUUUAUACUUCAAAGACUCCAGAAUCAUCUUGAUGCUUGUAAACUCUAGAAUGACCUGAAUCCUCUUUACCUUAUUAGUCCAAUAUUGAGUCAGAUUCUCUAGGAAAACUGAGGGAAAAGUCCACCACUGCACACGCAGACAUCCACUUGCCCUGUGCUUUUGAACAUUUGGAUAGUGAGGUCUUUGUGAAAUGGAGCAUAUGCAUAGAACACAUCUUUACUUUCGCUUUGGUGGCCUCUUAUUUUUAUAUUUGUUUGCUACCAUUAGUUACCGUAGUUUUCACCAUUCUUGUUCAAAUAUCAAUAGAAUACUGGAAAUAUGUAAUUGCAUUGCUGCCUUUGAUGAUUUUGAGUCAAAUCUGUGGCUAUUUUUGCUUUAAGAAACGCUUCUUUCUAGUUUUAAUUAGUAUAAUAAACUAGAUAAUCAUUCUAGUAUUUUGUUUCUUGAUCUUUCCUCUUCAUAUUAAGAAGACCAGUGAGGUUCUUUCUAGUUUUGAUCGGUCAAUUAAACUAGAUAAUCAUUCUAGCAUUUUCUUUUACUUUUGAUUGAUGAUUAUUAGUUAAAAUUUGAGUGUUUUUUUUUUCUGUGUGCUUUGUUUGAUGAUUAUUAGGAUGACUUCAUUCUCUAUGGACGAGACUUUAAACCAAAGUUGUUCUAGUCCAAUGUUAAGAAAAAGAAAAUCUGUUAAACCACCAUCAUUGGUAUGGGAACAUUUUAUAAAAGUAGAAGGAUGUGAUCCUAAAUAUCCUAGGGUUGCUUGUAAACAUUGUGGGGCUUCGUAUGCUUGUGAUUUCAAAGAAAUGGUACCACUAAUUUAAAAAGACAUUUAGAGAAAUGGAAGAUGUAUGUAAAUCCACUGGAAGAUAAUGUUGAAGGAGAGGGAGGUUCUGAAAGUAGUUUGAUGGCUGCAUCCUUCACUCAAGAAAAUUGUAGAACAAUGCUUGCUAGGAUGAUUAUCUUGGAUGAAUUGCCAUUUAAGUUUGUAGAAAGUGAAGAGUUUCACGAAUUUUGUCGGGCAUUAAAUCCAAAGUUUGUGAUUCCAUCAAGAGUAACCGUUGCAAAGGAUUGUUUUCAAAUGUAUAUGAGGGAGAAAAAAAGUUCAAAAAUGCAUUAACUCGAAGUGGCCAAAGAGUUUGUUUAACAACGGAUACAUGGACUUCUGUGCAAAAUAUUAAUUAUAUGGUUAUAAUGGCUCAUUUCAUUGACGAUGAUUGGAACUUGCACAAAAGAAUUUUGAAAUUUUGUUAAGUAGCUAAUCAUAAAGGAGAUACAAUAGGUAGAGCCAUUGAAAAGUGCUUAGAAGGUUGGGUAUUGAUAGGCUUUUACUGUAACCGUUGAUAAUGCGUGUUCAAAUGAUGUAGCCAUUGUCUACUUGGUUAAAAAGUUUAAAAGCAACAAUGGGUUGGUGUUGGAUAGUGUAUUUAUUCACAUUAGAUGUUGUGUCCAUAUUCUUAAUUUAAUUGUUAGUGAUGCCUUAAAAGAUUUGCAUGUGUCUUAUCAUUCGAAUCAGAAAUGCUGUGAAGUAUGUGAGGUUAUCUCCUGCUAGAUUGCAAAUAUUUAAAGAUUUUGCUAAAGAAGAUAAGAUGUCAACAAAAAUUUGUCUUACAAUGGAUGUUCCAACACGAUGGAAUUCUACUUUCACUAUGUUGGAUGGAGCAAUUAAGUGUCAAAAGACUUUUGAAAGAUUAGAGGAGCAUGAUCCUAGUUAUUUGCCAAAGGAUGAUAUUUCUACGGUUGAAGAUUGGGAUAAUGCAAAAGUGUUUAUAAAGUUCUUAAAGACUUUUUUAGAGGUAACAAUGAAGUUUUCUGCAUUUAUGUCUGUGAUUUCAAACAUAUUUUUUCACGAACUUUGUUUGAUCCAAGAAAUAAUUCAUGAAUACUCAUUGUAUGAGAAUGCAUUAUUGAGUCAGAUGACAUUAAGCAUGCAGGCAAAAUUCAACAAAUAUUGGGGUAUAACUACAAGUAAGAAGACCAAUUUAUUAUUGUAUGUUUCUGUAGUUCUUGACCCUAGGUAUAAGCUAGCUUAUGUGAAUUAUUGUUUUAAUGAAUUUUUGGGAAAGAUUGUGCAAAGAUAUGGAGGAAUUAGGUUGAAGAAGCAUUUCGUUGAUUGUGUGAUGAUUAUUUUAUGAGAAUGUCAAAAGAAAAAUAUUCACAAACACAAUCAUGUAAACCUAUCGAAGGAUUUGGCUUUCAAAAUCAAAGUGAAUUACCUUCUAUCUCAUCUAGUGGAUCUUAUAAGGCACGUGCUGCUGUUCAUGAUAGAUUUAAAAAAAGUAACAAAACAUGUCUAGAUGAUGCUAAAACAGAGGUGGCACGUUGUCGAGAUGAGGCUUGUAUAGAAGAUGAACAUUUAGAUUUGCUAACUUGGUGGAAGGUGAAUUCCUCUCGAUUUAAGUUUAUUAGCCAAGUAGCCAGGGACAUCUACAGUACUCCUAUAUCAACUGUGACUUCUGAGUCUGCCUUUAGCACUGGAGGACGGGUGUUAGAUUCUUUUUGAAGUUCUUUAACUCCUCAAACUGUAGAGGCACUCAUUUGUGCUCAGAAUUGGAUUCAGUCUAAACCUUUGGAUGAUAUGAUUGAAGAAAUUGACGAGGUUGAAGAAAUUGAUGAAGAAUUCAUAAACAUAGUAAAGGAGUUGGAAGCCACAUUUGAGAAUCUAAAUAAUGACUCUAUGGUUUUGAUCCUUUUCAAGAUCAAGAACAAAGGAUGAUGAUGGACAUCUUUAUUUCAAUCACUGCAAAGAUUGUUGAAUACACUAUUGAGAAUGUGCAACACAAGAUCCAUUCUGCAAGAGAAAAUGCUGAAGACAUAAAACCUGCCGUUGAGGAAUGGUUGAAAAAGGUUGAUGACUUUGUUCGAGAAUCUGACGAGAUAUUAGCCAAUGAAGGUAGACAUGGUAGACUCUGUUCCAUGUCUAUAAAAGUGGUUGAUUUAAUUCUAUUCUUUAGGCUUCUAGCAUUGAAAUAUCUUUUGUUUAUUGAGAAACUAGCUGGUUGGUUGUUGUUAGAAUCCAUUAAAUUGAAUGAUUGUUUAAAGGAUUGUAAGGGGAAUUUAAAGGAUUGUGAGAUUGUUUAAAUUUGGUAUAUGAUUGUUUAAAUUUGGCUCAAAA